AGUCUAUACAGCUAUAGGUUCAGUCCAAUACCGGUAACCGUUCUGGCGUUUUAGUUUUAUUGCAAUGCUGCAAUGGGAGUGACCAAACUAUGGGAAGUUUUGAGAGACGUUAAGCAAGAUGUUACUCUGGAGCAAAUAAAGGGACAAACAUUAGCAGUAGAUCUUGCAACUUGGAUUUGUGAAUCGGAAGGAGUAAAGCAAAUGCAUAGCUAUGUAACACGACCAUACCUGAGAAACCUAUUUUUUCGUGUGAGCAGUAUCCUGAGACUUGAUAUAAAUCUUGUAUUUGUUUUGGAUGGUAAAGCUCCAGAGUUGAAAAGGGAAACAAUAUCAAAGAGACUUGGAACAAGUGGAAGCAAUUCUAAGAUUUCUUCUGGUGUUCGGAGCAGACUGAAUUUCAAACUUAAAGAGUGCUGUGUGUUACUUGAUUCUCUUGGUGUACCGUGGAUCAAAGCUGAAGGAGAAGCAGAGGCAUUAUGUGCUGCAUUAAACAAAAUUGGUUUAGUUGAUGGCGUCAUCACUUCGGAUGGAGAUUGUUUUUUGUAUGGUGCUAGAACUGUUUAUAAAAACUUCUCUGUUGAAAAGCAAGUACCUUUUGAGCGAUAUGAUAUGGAUGAUAUAGAGAAAAAUAUGUCAUUGGAUCAACGAGACUUGAUAGCACUUGGUCUGCUACUUGGUUGUGAUUAUUUCCCGAAAGGUGUGACAGGUGUAGGCACGGCCCAAGCCAUGAAGUUGAUCUCCAGCUUUCAAGGAAAGAUUCUUUUUUUGUCAAAUAGCAUUAUUUCUAGUAAAGAUGACAUGUACACAACCAUAUUGGGUAGCUUUAUUCAAAGGGGACCAAAAAUUACAGGACGCAAAAUUUCCAGAUCUGAUAUUAUUCAUGAAUUUUCCAAGACCCAAAAAUAUACAAGAAUUGGUCAAAAUGGUGCAAUCGAUCCUUCAGAUGAUUCUUCACUGAAAGAGGAAUUUAUUUUGAAACCACCUAUGUUAGAUGUUGCAUGCAAAUAUCUCGAUCAAAAACUUGAGUGGAAAAUCUCUUAUUCUUUGGAAAAAGUUUUACCACUAGCAACACAUUUCAUAUUAAAUUCAAACCAGGAGGAAUUGAAGUUCGAACCAGAAGUUAGCUUGAAAAGCAUUGUCAAAACAAGAGUAAAGGAUCGAGUACAAUCGUUGGAAGUCAGAUGGAAUCUGACAAAGAAAGUUGACUUGGAGAUUGAAUCAGAAAUUAGUCUUAUUACCCUUGAAUCUGAAGAAAAGAUAAGAAAGGUGUAUCCUCAUAUAGUUGAUGCUUUUUACAAGAAAGUUAACCAAGAGAAGGAAGACAAGAAAAAAAUGAAAGCUGAAGCUAGAAAGUUGGAGAGAAAGAAGCAAAAAGGUUCACCAAAGAAGUCUAAACCACCAGAAGCCAAUUCCAGUAAAAUGACAGACUAUUUCAAAGCGAAAAAGACAAGGAUUGAACGCGAAACUGAUCGAUUGCCACAAACAUCCAAAAGUGAGAAAAAAUCUUCAGGAAAGGAGCAAGGAAGGACAAAUGUACAGGAUUUGGAGUUGUCAUUAGCAUGUCUUUCUUUGUCAAAAAAAGCUAACUACAAAGAGAAGUGUGAAGUUAGGUCAAUAUGCAUUAUGUCAGAAUCUGUGGAUAACAGUAAAAAAUCCAGCUUCGAAUUGCCAAAUGCAAAAUCUGUCAAAGAAGUCAAUCUUCCGGUCAUUGUCUUCAGCAGUGACUCAAAUUCUAGCGAUUGUGAACUUGACACAGUCAUUGAGCAAUUCAGGAAAACUAAACUUGAAAAGGAUUGUAAAACAGAAAAAUUUGAAUUGUGUAAGAAGCAGGGUGCUGUAAAAGGUUCAGUGCAUUGCAAGGAUUUGGAUCCUGAAAAUAAACCCUCUAUGCAUUCAAUAACUGACAUAACAAAUACUGCUAGGGGUUUUGAAUGUGGUGCUGUGUGCAAUAAUGAUAUUACGUUUGGAAAUGAGCUUGAUUUUUCACUUGGUUGCUCUUUUCUGAACUCUCCUGUUGCCUCAAAGAUUAACAAAGGGGACAACCUCAUUUGCGAUAGUGUACAACCAUCCACAAGUAAAGAUAAUCUGUCACCGGAUAAAGAGAAUGCGAAAAAUAUCACCCCUGAAAAACAUAGACGGUCCAAAUUUACCGUCAUGGAAGACAGUCCUGUGUUUAUGACAUUGAUGCAGAGGAUUAAAUCGAAAAAGAGCUGA